AGACGGGCUAUGUGUUUCACUUUCGGUGUGUGUUGUUGCUCUUCAAAUCUUGUCAUUCAUUAAGAAUUCGAGCGAGGAGCAUUUGUUACCAUCAAAAUGCCACCCAAAAAACCACCGCCUGGACCUUCAAAGAAAGCCGAGGCGAAGAAGAAAGAGAAAGUUAUAGAGGACAAGACUUUCGGCUUGAAAAACAAGAAAGGCGCGAAGAAUCAGAAAUUCAUCCAGCAGGUUCAGAAACAGGUCCAGCAAGGUAAUCAGCCGCGGAAAGCUGCGGAAGAGAAGCCCAGUGAUCUCAAGAAGAAGAAGGAACAAGAGCUUGCUGAGCUCAACCAGUUGUUCCGACCGGUUAUUCAAAAAGCUCCGAAGGAUGCCGAUCCGAAGAGCGUCGUGUGCGCUUUCUUCAAGCAGGGGCUUUGCACAAAAGGGGCGAAAUGCAAGUUCUCUCACGACUUGGCACAAGAACGAAAAGCCGAAAAAAAGAAUAUGUAUCACGACGACCGGGAAGAGGACACCAUGGAGAACUGGGAUGAAGCGAAGCUCAGAGAAGCGGUCGAAAAGAAACACGGGGCAGCUGAGAAAGCCAUGCAGAAGACCGAUAUCAUUUGCAGGCACUUCCUUGAAGCGUUGGAGCUCAGUAAAUACGGAUGGUUCUGGGAGUGUCCGAAUGGAGGUCUGAAGUGUCAUUACCGGCACGCCCUUCCACCGGGCUUUGUUCUGAAGAAAGACCGCAAGAAAGAUGAGAAGGAUGACCAGAUCACAAUCGAGGAGCUCGUCGAAUCAGAACGGGCUGCUCUGGGACCGUACCAAACUAAAAUAACCCUGGAAAGCUUCCUUGCAUGGAAGCGGCGGAAAAUCGAGGAGAAGAAAGAGAACGCGCGUCAAGAAACAGAUCGGAAAAAGGCUGAAUUCAAAGCCGGGAACAAAAUCGGUCUCUCAGGGAGGGACAUGUUCACGUUCAACCCCGAUAUGGCCAACGAAGACAAUGAGGGCGAAGAUGGCGAGGCCUUCGACAUGCGACAGCGCGAAGACGAUCUCGACGGAACGAGCGAUAACGCAAGGGAGAUCGAUCUCGAAGAGAUCGCGAAAGCAGCGUCUAGCGGCCAUCUUCCCUGUGAAGGGACCGUGGCUGACAAACGUUACUGGGAAUUAGAGCCUCCGGAAGCCAAGAAAGCGGAGGUCCCCAUCAACGAAGAACUUUUCAAUGAGGAGGACCUGGAUGGCUUGGAAGACGAGUUGGACGAUCUUGAUGUGGAUGACGAUGGAGAUGAUGACGGAGACGAAGGGAGUGGGGCGAGGCUUUCCUAGCUGAAUUGUUAAAUACUGCUCGAGAUAAAGGGAGGUUUGUACUCGCUCGACGAAUUUAUAUGUUUCCGCAGAGACUCGUUUUCAUUCUAAUUCUACAUGAACGCAGGAUGGCGCUCUCGCAGUACCUUGACAGGUCGAAAGUUCCCCUGAAAGACUGGAGGCAACGAAAAAUUCCAAAAGACAGAGCCCCCGUAUUUAUUUCGAUUCGUGUACAAUU